AAAAUUUGAGACUGAAAUUGUAUGGAGGUGGGAUAAGAAAGGCUCCAUCUUUUGAGAUCAAAGGAAAUUGGAAGAUGCCAAUGGAUAUUCAAGCUCCUCUCACUUACAGCUUCUGCUACUCAAGAUUCCAUAAAUCUUUAUACCCUUCCACUUCCAAUAAAUUUUCUCCUUUUACACUUUUCUGCAGCUCAAGAAGAGACUCUCAAGAACCCGACAAAAACGGGGGCGAUAAUGGUGAAAAAUUCUCAACAGAUUGGGACAAGGCUUGGUCAAACUUCAGGAAGCAAGGGAAAAAAACCCUCUUCUCCGGGUUCUCCCCAAACAAGUAUGUGAGUUGGAACCCUAGGCGCUCAAAAUAUCCACUAUCUGAAGAGGUUGAUCCUAUCAAGAGAGCAGAGAGGUCAAACCUUGAGUUAUGGACCAGUCCAAGGUUUACUCUAGUUGGGGCCAUUCUUAUAGUCUCAUUUCUUUUGCUCUACACCAUUCUUUCACCAAUUAGGUGAUUCAAAUUGAGUACCGUUACUGUCGAAGGAAGCAGGGCCCAUGCUGAAGCAUAUCAAGGAAAGGAAUGGGUAUAAGAGAGUAGUUGCAGAUAAUUGCAAUGCAGCUACAGUGCUUCCUCUCUAUCUUUGUCAUAUAUGUCUCAAAUAUUUUGGUUCUUCAUAUAUUUGUUGACAUUAAUAAUUAGAAUCAAUGCCUUCUCCGAUUAUUAAUGCAAAGAAGACAGAUGUCCAUCAAAUCCUGAAUGUGCAUAAUUUUUUUCCCUUUCCGCGUUUCUUUAGAAUUUUGGUGGAAGGGUUGGAGUUGUUGAUUGAUGUCGAACAUUUUGACCCCGGAACUUUCCUGUAUUUUCCUUCUGUUGCUGGUAGUUUGAUGUUUACAUGUAUCAAAAAAUUAGAUUACCAUCCGUGUGCCUUGGCAUGUUAUAUGGAAUGGAAGGAACAUUGAUGGAAGUUCAGACAAUUCCUUUUGAAGAUAAUAAAUUUGAUACUCUUGGCAAAUCAGAGUGUGAUCUUUGGAUAAGAAUCUCAUAUUUUUUGUCUCCAUCUUUUCUUGAUUUCAUCUUCAUAUUGAAUUUUACCUUCAUUUCAUUUUCCACCUUUGUCUUGUCUGCAGAGUCAAAUACUGAGCCUGCUUCAAGUACAGUUAGCACGACUAGCAGCGCUGAUGUUGAAAAGCAAACUCUGCUGAAAGCUAGAGAUGUCUACAAUGCUGCAAUUAAAAUUGGGCUUAUGCUGCAGGUCUUCCUAUGUAAACAAGAUGGUUGGCAUGAUCAUCACCUUGGAUAUCUUCUUGUCUGAGGGUUUCAGCUUGUGGGAAUGCUAAAUUAAACAUUCAUAUUGCAGUCAAAUACAAAUACAGCAAAACUUGUUCUUCACAUGUAUUAUUUUAUGUUCCUUCAAGAAUGAUAAGGUCCUUCUUUA